AUGUCUCUGGCAAGGUUGAGGUAUGCUCUCUCCCUCACUCUUUUCAAGUUUCUCUCUUUUCCUCUUUCUUACCCUGCAAAGCUUCACACCCACUCUUCACCUCCAUUUAUUCGCAAUGUUAAUGAUGCUGUUGCCUCAUUCAAUCGCAUGCUCAAUAUGCGUCUUUCCCCAUCCAUCGUUGAAUUUAACAAGAUUCUGGCGUCCCUAUCUAAGACUAAGCAUUUCCACAUUGCCAUUGCCCUUUUUCAACAAUUGGGAUCCAAGGGAAUUGAGCCAACCAUUCCAAAUACCAUAACCUUUAACACUUUCAUGAAUGGUCUCUGUCUUAUUAAUAAUGUGAGAAAAGCACUGCAUCUGCAUGACAAGACAAUAGCACAAGGAUUUCAGAUGGACCAACCUGCUGAUAUAAUUACCUACAAUUCCUUAAUACAUGCAUUAUUCAAAAACCAUCACGUAGAUUGGGCAAUUGCAUUAUUAAAUAAAGUUAUAGACAAGGGCAUUCAUCCAAAUGCAUACACAAACACGAUACUUAUUGAUGGAUUAUGCAAAAGUGGAAGACUUAAGGAUGCAAUAGAUACUUUUGAGGAUCUUUUAGUUAAAGGCUAUCAUCUUAAUGUUCGUUCAUAUAAUGUUGUGAUUAGUGGACUUUGUAGGGAGGGCUUACUUGAUGAAGCGUUGGCCUUGAAGUCAAGAAUGGAAGACAGUGGUUACUCUCCUGACGACGCUGUAACUUUUGAAAUAAUUAUUCGUGCUCUCUUUGAAAAGCAUGAGCAUGGUAAGGCAGAGAAACUUCUACUUGACAUGGUUGCUAGAGGCCUCUUGCAAGAGUAA